GAAAAGAAGAAACCGAGAAAAGAGGAGACGAUGUCUGCUGGGAAGGAAUUGGAGAAUCUCCCAAAUGAAAUUAAGGAUAAAAUCUUCUUGAGUCUACCGAUGAUGAUUCUCUUAAAAUCCAGGUGCGUAAUCAGAGACUACACUCGAUUCCAUAACCCUCAUUUCAUGAAAACGCACUUAAACCAGCAGAUUGAAAUGGACAAUGGUUCUACUAUCAUCGUUACUACUGCUUCCAAGAUAUAUAAAGUUAAUAUUGACAAAUUUAACUCCCGAAUUCGACUUGAUUUCCCAUUCCGGAAUCCCACCUGCACAAGCCCAAUUAUACUGGUAAGUUCUUGUAAUGGGUUGUUGUGCUUAACCCACAGGGGAUUUUACGGAGAAAUUAUGUAUUUAUGGAAUCCUGCUACAGGAGAUUACAAGCAAUUGCCGGAACAUGUUAACGAUGGCAUUCUCUAUAUCCGUGCUUUAGGGUUUGGUUAUGAUCGUAUUUCUGGUAAAUUCAAAGUGCUGGUAAUUUCACAGAGGAUUCCAAUUCAAAGUGAAGCCACUGUCACUGUGUAUACAGUGGGGACAAGUUCUUGGAGAAGCAUCGGAGAAGUUCAGUACCCUGUUUUGGAGUUAAAACAACCGCAGUUGUUCAGAGGUUGCCCCCAUUGGAUUGUACAUAGUUUGAAAUCCAUUGUUUCGUUUGGUAUUGGAAAUGAGAAGUUCAAGAAAAUUCCAAUGCCUCCCAUUGAUAAUUCUAUGACAAAAAGAACGAAUUUGACUGCAUUAGGAGGUGUUCUUUCUAUAUUUUGUCAUCUAUUUAAACCGGAUCGUUUUGAAAUGUGGUUAAGGGCGGAUGAUGGAUCGGAGAAUACUACUUGGUUCAAAGGGUUCUCCCUUAAUGAGUCAUACAUACCUAGAGAUUAUUUUGCGGAUGGAUACGCGAUAAAGCUGUACGGCUUCAAGGACGGUCAGUUUUUACUGCGGAACAACGGGCCAGCUUUAUUUGACCCAUUGACAAGAGCCGUUAGAGGUUUGCGUCUUCGUGGUGAACCAAAGGAAUUUGAUGUUUAUUCCUAUGUCGAGAGCCUUGCAAUGGUCACUGUUGAAGAGACAGGCGAUGUGCACCAGAACUCAUAA